AUGAAUAGUAAUAAUAAUAAUAAUAAUAAUGAUAAUAAAAACAAUGAUAUAGUAGUAUACUAUUAUGAUAAACUUUUUAAAAACAAACUAUUAAAAAAAAACAUAGAUAGAUAUAUAAAACUAAAUAAUGAUUGGAGAACUAAAAGAUUAUCAAAAAAUGAAACAUUUAACAGAUUAAAGUAUGAUUCAACUUAUAAGUAUAUAGUAGUAGAGGAUUUUUUCAAGUAUGAGGAGUUUAGUAAAUUUAUUAAAUUAUUAGAAUCAACAAUAACAUCAAACAUUAAUAAUAAAUUAAUAGAUAGUGGUAGUAAUAAUAUAAAAAGUUUGUCAUUUAGUAGAUGUAAAAUAUCAGUUAAAUUAAGCAAAUUUAUAGUUGCUCCGACUAUAACUGAACUGGUAUUAGGUGAAGGUGUAAUUUUAGAGUUAGAGGAUUCAGCACCUCUAUUUAAAAAGAUUUUUGGUCGUGACAAGUCACUAAUAAAACAAACACCAUUUACAAACUUAAUCACAUUGGAUCUAGGUAUUUACAACGAACAUGUUUUAAGAGGUGGCUUUUUAGAGAGUGCUACACAUUUGAAAAAAUUGGUAUUCCGUAACAUGUUUACUGGAUCAAUUACCAAAGGAAUGAUACCAGAUCAGGUAGAGUCGUUAGAAUUCAAAACUGGGUAUAAUUUUACCGAAAUUUAUUUUCCACCACAACUAAAAGAACUGUCAUUCAUUGGAAAACCAAAUUAUACUGUAGGUUUCUAUACCAAGAUUUUAAACUUUGUUCCAAACAGCUUAACAUCUUUAUAUUUAGAACACUGUGGCUCGACAGAUUUUGUUGAAAUUAGAAGCCUAGUCAAUUCACUAAAGAAACUUACAAUAAUACUCAACAGAAUGAUUCCACCAACUUUUAAUAUUUUGAUGCGAAGCUUGUACCAUAACAACAACUAUUAUUUUCAAGAUAAAAGAAUAUCAGUAAACACCAAUACCUCUCCUACAUUACAAGAAUACCCUAUACCACCACCACAACAACAACCUACAAAUUCCUACAAAUCAAAAAUACCACCGCCAUCACUUACACAUUUAAAUCUGACCUUUGGUGGUAAUCUCCACUAUGGAAACCCUGACGAACUUCCAUCAAGCCUUUUAGAACUAACUCUUCCCUAUAAUUUAAUUACCUGGGUUAGUGAUGUUAAAAAAGGAUAUCCAGGAUCAAUUACUGCUUUUAGUGGGACUCUAUCACAUCUAUCCACCAAAUUUGAAAAUCCAGACAACAUUAUAUCGCUCAGUUUAAUUGUAACAUUAGAAUAUACAAUAGAUGAUCCCUCAACUACUGCUAUAAGUGCCCACAAUAUACCAUCCCAAAUGAAGCAUUUUAUCCACUACAGUAGUGCUCAUAAAGAAAAUAAUGAUAAACUAAUUAACAAGUUUAAAAAUUUAAAAUCACUUAAACUCAUUUUCGAAUACCCAGAUUUAAUAACCAAAAUACCACCACAUAUCGAAUCACUUGAAUUAAAAUUCAAAAAACCUAUAAAACACCAAUUUUCAUUUGAUCUCAAUUUGAUAGAACUGACAAGUUUAACAUCAUUGAAAUUGGACGAGUUAUAUUCAUUCCUUUUAUUUGAAAAACUAAAUCAAUCAAGCAACUCUACCUUAAUUACAGAAUCUCCAUUUUCCUCAAAUGUACGAUUAUUAGAUUUAACCUUUGGCGCCAAAUUUGCAAGUGCCAACAUCGCACUAGAUCGAUCUUUCUUUAACUCAGUUAAUAUAUUAAUUAUAAGAGGUGAAUGUAAACCUAACAUCAAAUCCAUUCCAAAUUCACUAGAGCUUAUAUUCAUUCAAGACUCUAGUCCUAUACUAGAUGAUGAGAAAUUCUAUAGUAAAUACCAUCCAAUUAUUAGAACAUUUAAUACUAUAGACGAAAAAAUCAUAUUUAAUAAAUUAAAGAAUCAACUAAAUCAUUUGUAUUAUUAA